AUGGAGUCAAUUCGCCAACACCGCAAGAUCCGUAGAAAGAUCGAGCAACAAUUUGUUACAAAGCAUGAGAAGCCCGAGAAUGUCUGGACCCACGAGGGCCGCUACAUUUACCGUGAAGGAGAGAUCCUCACGGAAGCUCGCGAGCCGAGUGACGACCCUAGUGCCGCACGAAGGAGAGAACAUGGCCAUCGUACUUUCAUCACUGGGCCAUCCCUUCAACCUCGUCACACGGUCCGAUCGCAUAUCGAGCGGGAAGGAGAUGUCGAGGGUGCGGAGUACGAUCCAGAAAUCACAAACGAUCCGCAUACCAUCAACUCACAAGAGACGCUGGGAAACACGGCUGAUAUCAUGUUGACUGGCGUCGAAAGACCCCGGCCGGGCUAUUCGACGGAUAGUGAAACCGAUGUUGAGUCAGUGAAGAAGAACAAACUCAUCAUCGUCACAUUUGAAGGCGACUACGAUACGAUGGAUCCUCACAACUGGCCACUCAAACGCCGAGUGUGGACGACUAUUCUCACCUCGAUGACUGGAUUUGUAAUCUUCUGGUCAUCUACGAUUGAUUCUACUGCUCUGACCUCGACCAAGAAAUUGUACCAUACUAACUUUGAGGUCGAGACUUUGCCGACUGCUAUGUACUUGAUUGGUGCUGGAGUAGGCGCAUUGAUAACGGGACCUAUAUCAGAGGUCGUUGGACGUACUCCCGUGUACAUACCCACCAUGAUCGGUUUCAUGUUGUUUGACAUGGGCGCAGGGCUUUCCCAAACAGUGGUACAGCGAAUUGUUUGCCGUGGUCUAGCUGGACUCUUCGGAUCUGCCCCGGCAGUUCUAGCAGCAGCAUCCGUCGUGGACGUCUGGUCACGCAUCGAACGAGUCUAUAUCUUCACAAUUUUCUCGAUAAUCAUAUUCACUGGUCCAUUGGUGGGCCCAGUACCAGGAUCAUUCGCCGUCCAUGCUAAAUCGGCAGGCUGGCGCUGGGUGGACUGGAUGACCAUCAUUCUCGCAGGACUUAUUCUGAUCCCAGUUGUGCUGUUCCUGCCCGAGACAUACAGUCCGAUUCUACUGUACUGGAAAGCGAAAGAGCUCCGCCGCCUGACAGGUGACGACCGGUACCGGUCUCCGCUGGAGUUCAGAAAAGCCACGUUCGCCCGCCGCAUGCGUAUCUCGCUAUACCGACCACUUGUGCUUUUUGUGACGGAACCAAUCAUCAUGAUUCACUCGCUCGCUCUCUGCCUCCUUUUCUUGAUCCUGUACACCUUCAUUGCGGGCUACGUCUCCAUCUAUCAGAAGGCAAACAACUUCAGUCCGACCUCGACUGCCCUCGCCUUCCUGGCCAUUGAGGUCGGAGUCAUUCUUUCGGGACUGACACUCCCAAUUUCAAUGUGGCUCCUCCGUAGGGAGAUCUACCUUAGCCGUGCGAGGGGCCAGCAGCGCCCAGACCCUGAGAUCAGUUUAUACAUGGCUAUGUUCGGUGCGCCUUUUAUCCCCAUCUCGCUCUUCUGGAUGGCCUGGACGGCCAGACUUUCAAUUUCGUUCUGGAGCCCGCUUAUCGCGUCGGUAUUCUACGGCUUUGGGACGUUAUGUGUUUUCGUCUCGGCCUACCAGUACGUCGCCGAUGUGUUUGAGCAACAUGCGGCAAGCGCGCUUUCCUGUCUUCAGAUGACGCGACUUGUUGCUGCCGGCAUUAUGGCUAUCAUUGCGGAAAUCAUGUAUAACAACCUUGGCGUUGCAUGGACAUUGACUCUGUUGGGUUGUCUUUCGUUGUUGUUUUUGCCUAUCCCUUAUUUGCUCUACUGGAAGGGUAAUCAAGUACGUUCCUGGAGUCGGUAUGCACGCAGGAAUGAGCAGGGCUAA